GACAAUCUGACAGUCGACAGAGUGACGACAGUCGGGCGUGUGACGCGACAGACUAGUAGGUACAUAUGUACUUGUACAUGCAUGACCGCGUCCUGGAACCGUACUGGCGCGGUCGGUCAUCUUGCGAUCAGUGAUUUCUCAAGUUUCUCGGCGAUCUAUGAUGCAGCCAGUCCUUCCUAUUCAUCAUUUCGCCCCUCAGUUCAUCUCUCUCGCACAUCUCUCAUCCGUAAUGGCAUCAGAUAUUCAGCUAGCAUCUUGUCCAUGGAUUGGGGGUCGGUCAUCGGUCACCAGGGAUAUCCAAAGGUUCAGUACCUGAAUCCUGAAUCAGCAUCUGGAAUUCAAACCGAAUGUCUGAAUAUCGGUGCUACAGGCGCGCUGCUACUGUAUUUACGUGAAGACAUGGGUACACACUUCAGCUUCAGAUGUCAAGAAACCUUUCUCGGCCGGAUUGAGGCUUAGAGCUGGGUACUGCUUGCUCAACCUACUGAACCACUAACUACAUACUCGUUACUGACUAUUGAUCCUGACUACUAACUCAUCUUGCGCUGAUUGCGUUGGUUCAACCUGCCGUUGCGGGGCGUCCAAUCUGCCCACUGCGCAGGCAUUUGGCUCUUGCCUUCGAUAUCAUCUUCUC